UAUCGCGUAAAAAGUCGUCGUUUAAUUCGGGUCAUAUUUUCUUUCCAUUGUUCAAGUGUUACAAUACGACCAUUAGAAAAGAAGAAAAAUAAGAAGAGAGAAAAAAAAAGUUGGAAGAUUACUCAAAACGAAUAUGUCUUUAAGCCCACAUAAUAAGCUGGGAUUUGGUUAUUCCUUACUAGCUAUUGUGUUUCGUAUGUGUUCAACCGAAUUUUUCUUUUUUCAGACAAAUAAUUUCGUAUGUAUGCAUAUGACAAUACGUAAGCAAAAAGAAAAAAAAAUUGAUUUGGUAAUUUUCUGAAAACGCACACACAGGCGUACGCGCACAAUAAGGAGUAAGACAACUUGCGAAGACACAAUUAAAGGGAUUCCUAGAAAGAAAGAAAAAAUACCAUUACACUUCUUUAGUUGAAGGGAGCUGCACCUUCUCCCGAAUUUAGAAAUUUUGUGAUUUCAUUACUUUUGAACAAUACACAGUAUUCGGCGAGCAAACGUUAGAAAAGUUCUUACAACGUAUUUUGGACAAUUUGUGGUCGUGAAACGUUUAAAAAAACAAAGGCGUUUUCAUAUUCAUUGUGAUAUUAAAACAACGUAAAGCAAUCGAAUACGAUUUAUAUAGCAACCUUACGAAUACAAGACAUUGAUAUCAAGCUACUUGAGAAUCCUUAAAAUGAACAACUUGAAUAGCAGCAUUGACGAGGUUGUAGAGUGUCCCUUGUGCAUGGAGCCGCUCGAAGUUGACGAUUUGAACUUCUUUCCUUGCACUUGCGGUUACCAGAUUUGCAGAUUCUGCUGGCAUAGAAUACGAACUGAUGAAAAUGAGCUUUGCCCUGCGUGCCGAAAGGAGUAUCCUGAAAAUCCAGCCGACUUUAAACCAUUAACACAAGAAGAGAUGAUAGCUUUUAAAUCUCAGAAACGGCAACGCGAUCAACAGCGAAAGCAGAAAAUUACGGAAAAUCGAAAACAUUUAGCUAAUGUUCGUGUUGUUCAGAAGAAUUUGGUGUUUGUGGUUGGUUUACCACCGCGGCUCGCUGAUGCUGAUAUUCUUAAAAAACACGAGUAUUUUGGAAAAUAUGGAAAAAUUCAUAAGGUAGUAAUUAACCCCAGUACAACAUACGCGGGAAUUCAGGGUCCCUCUGCUUCGGCCUACGUAACUUAUGUACAUAAUACGGACGCGUUGCGUGCAAUACAAAGUGUAAAUAAUAUAACGAUUGAUGGGCGACUUAUAAAAACUAGUCUGGGAACUACAAAAUAUUGCAGUCACUUCAUGAAAAAUCAACAAUGCCCCAAAAGUGAUUGCAUGUAUUUGCAUGAAUUGGGCGAUCCAGAAGCAAGUUUUACUAAAGAGGAAAUGCAUCAAGGAAAACAUCAGGAGUAUGAAAAACGACUCCACGAGGUUUUGAUUGCAUCUUCUACUUCUAAUUCCAACGGCCAUAACUCGGCCGCUACAAAUCUUAAAAAUUUGGAAAAUGGAAGAUUAAAUAAUGCGCCCAGUUUAAUAACGUCAUCUUCGUGCCUGGUAACUACAUCAAUGGCAGGUCCUUCGUUUACUAGCGCAUCAACAGCGGCAUCAGUUGUCGCUACGGUCCAUCAAAAAGAUGCUUGGCCAAGUUUGUCGGUUUCACCAGUUACGACGAGAGAAUCUUCGUUAAGUCUAGGAGUAAAUAGCAAUAACAAUAAUAAUGGAAAAAAUAAGAAAGAUCGCAGCAAACCAGAGAAAUCGAAGAACGAUAAAGUUGUUAAAAUAAAACAUAAAAGCAGCAACAGCAACAACUCUGCUAAUGUCAAUGCAAAUUCAACGGGGAAGGAUACGGAUACAAGUGUGUCCUCAUCAUCAGCUUCUCAUGGAGAUGAUAGCUACUCUCCAUCUGAUGGCAAAUCCAAAUCCGAUAAGAAUAAAGAUAAACACCAUAAUACUACAUCAAGUCGUCAGAUACUGCGUAAAGAAGACUCUUUAUGUUAUUCGAACGAAAAUGACGCGAAGGCUCACGAUUAUACGAAAUAUGGAAUGGGACAUAACUCUGUCAAUAAACAGCACAAACAGAGCGCUAAUAAAAAUGACGAUCAGCGUUCGCUUAGCUCAAGCAGUGGCAGCAGUAGUAGCAGCAGCAGCAAUGAAAGUUCAAUAUCAGCUAAUGAGAGUAUCAGCGGAAAAAGUUCCCCGGGUGAUUUUAUCGAAAAUAAUUCUCACAAUAGGCAAACAUGUUCAUCAACAGAAAAAGAUGGAAAAAUUUUCUCGGAUGCAUUACCGACCAAUAAGAAGGAAAACGUAUCAGACGAAAAUUCGGAAAAGAUAGAAAAUAACAUUAACAAGGGAAGUAAUGCAAAAGAAAACAAUGACAAUGCACACAGAAUAAAACCAUUAAAUCACAAUAGCAGCGACGGUACAUUAAAUUUGGUUAAAAACGAUUUUCCAUUGGAAGACUUCUCUAAACUGAGUCUUUUUGACGGCAACAGUUUUUUUUCUUCUGGCGUUGGAGGUUUUCAACAAUCGUUGUUGCUGAAAAACAACAAAUUGGUCGACGAGACGGCACUUCCCAUACAAAUUAAUCAAGCCAAUCCCCAUUUACCGGAUCUUAUAAACGGAAUCGAUGUUUACCAGAACAACACAUUAAACACAAAUGACUGGGAAGAUGCGUUCAAAAGCGUUUUACCGAAAACCAAUAAGCAAAUGGACGACAAACUGCAGCAUCAAAUGCAUCUACAGCAGCAACAGUUUCAUCAACAACAACACAUUCAGCAUCAAGAUGACAUCCAUCGUCUUCAAGAGAUUCAAAAAAGAAAUAGUCUCUUAAAUUCUCUUGGGCUUGCACAAAUGAAUAGAAAUCAUCACGAUUUGCAAAAUGUAACAAAUUCACUUUUAACUGGUUGCGAGAGACAAACAAAUUUACCAUCACAGCAGCAGUUACAACAUCAAAUGUUGCAACAGCAAAAUUCAAACGAUAACUCAUUUCACAAUUCUCUAUUUGGCACAAAUAUGUCGAAAUUCUUUGAUUUCCACAAGAAUCAACAACAAAAAAUGCAGAGUUGUUUAAACAACGCUGGAGUCUCGAUUAAUGGAAAUCCAUCUUUAUGCGACAAUAUGCAUAUGAUGUCUUUGUUAGAAAACAGCCGCACACAUUCUCAGCUCUUUGAUGCAAACUGUAUAUCUACGUCUUUGCAACAACAGCAACAACAGCAACAACAGCAGCAGCAACAACUUCAAAAACAGCGAUUCUUUGGAAAAUUCGAUCAAAUGUUAUGUCAACAGCAACAGCAGCAACAACAACAACAACAGCAACAGCAGCAGCAACAACAGCAGCAACAACAACAGCAGCAGCAGCAACAGCAACAACAGCAGACGCAAAAUUCUCAGCAUAGUUCCCUGCAAUCGCAAGCAAAUAAUUUGCAAAACCAUUUUAUACAAAAUGCAAACACGGACGAUGACUUAGGAUUUGAUCCUUUUAUCGAGACUCAAAAAGCCUUAGCUGAAUUAAUUGAAAAUGAGGAAGAACAACAGAACAACAGUGUGAAUACGAGUAACAAUUCUGCUGUUGGCUCCUCAAAAUUAUUACAUCUUCAGCCGCCGCAACAGCACAAGACACAAGUGAAUAAUCAACAACAAAUGUUAGAUUAUAUGCAGCGAGCUCGCAUGCCACCUCCUGGCUUUAAUCAUAUGAAUACGUAUGGAUUUGGAGCUCCCAGAAUACAAAACAAUAGCAAAAUUUUACCAUUUAUGAAUUUAAAUACAAACGCUACAGGGAAUACAAAUGGACAGCCUAUGCAACAACAAUUACCGAUAUCCAAUAGCACAUGGAAUACACAUUUAGGCGGUUUUCAACAGCAAAAUCAACAACUUAGUGACUCGCAAAUUCGUCAGAUGAACACAAAUCAAAUGCAAAAUACUGGACCUCAAAAAGGUUAUACUGGUAACGAUUGGACUGCUAUGGACCCAGCUAUACUCUCAUUUCGCCAAUUUUCUACUUUCCCACAACAAGCUUCGAUUGGACCACCACACUUGCAGCAACAUCAGCAGCAGGACAUUUUUAUGCAACAAAUGGCUCAACAACAGCAGUCCGCUGGACUUGCUGGAUUCAAUGGACAGACACAACUUCAUGGAGGCAGUGGUCUAUCUAGUUCUAUUUUAAAUUCACAGCAAAGUUCGCAGUCUCAUGUAAAUGCGAAUGUCCAAGGAAUGUUAGAAUAUUUAAAAAAUCGUCAAUUUGUCUAAUUAUUUUUUAUCCAAU